UGAAUCUGGAGAGAUGAAAGGGAAUGGGAGCGUGGAAUCGAGAAAGGCCUUUAUAACACGCGCGCCACACACCGCCUCACAACCAAACGCAAUAUCGCCCUGCCCCUCCCUCUUCCUCGUCGACGCGCAGGCCCCAGGGAAAUUCUCCGUUGGAGAAAAGUCGCGUGCCGUCUCUCGCCCACAGCCCGUUGGCAGCAAUGGCACAAGAGAGCUGGAAGGAGUCUGAGGAGACUGUCCAAACACCUGAGGCACCAAUAUUGUGUGUAAACAACUGCGGCUUCUUCGGUAGCAGCAUGACAAACAACAUGUGCUCCAAGUGCUACAGGGACUUCAUUAAGGCCACGACAAUGGCUGCCCCUGUAGUGGAGAAGAAGGUGUUCUCAGUGGCAUCAUCUUCCAGUGUGACAUUGGAGCAAGCAAAGGCAGAUGAAGUACCAGCCGUGGCUGUAGCUGAUAGCCAAGCAGCACAGGAGCCUCCAAAGCCGCCCAGCAACAGAUGCCUUUCAUGCCGCAAGAAGGUAGGCUUGACCGGUUUCCAGUGCCGGUGCGGGGGAACAUUCUGCUCCAUGCACCGCUACGCUGACUCCCACGAAUGCACUUUCGACUACAAGAAGGCUGGCCGGGAGCAGAUUGCCAAGCAGAACCCUGUUGUGAUAGCCAAGAAGAUCAACAAGAUAUAAUUGAUAAUGACACCGGGUUCAUUUGCUUGCUAUUCGUGGUGGUGCUGGAUUCGUCUUUACUUGAAUCAGUAGGUUUCUUCUGGUCUGGUUGCUAGGGUCUCAAUUGUGUCUAUCCUUCUCCUUCAUGGUUCGCUUCUCUCCAUUAAGAAUGAAAUGAAAUAAUGUAAAUAUAUAAUAUUAUAUUGUUUUAGCUGUUCGUUUCGUA